CUAUUGUCUACCAACGGUAGCUAGCUAUAGCUCGUCGUCAAACAAACAAGAAGCAAGCAUGAAGCCGGCUUGGAUAGGGCUCGGCUUAUUCUUCUGCACGCUGUUCUUAUUGUUAGCUUCACUCGGCCUCAAUCUCUUCUUCUUCAUCAACCCAUACUUAUCAAUAUCAGCCACGCCGAACUGGAGCCAAGGAGCCGCCAAAGAAGCCGAAGCCGUGGCUGCCAUUGCCUGCUCAGGCCAUGGAAGAGCUUACGUCGAUGGAGUCCUUAGCAGCGACCAAAAAACUCCCAUUUGCGAGUGCAACUCCUGCUACAGCGGCCCCGACUGCUCCCAAUUUUCUCCCCACUGUCCGCUCGAGGCCCAAAUUGGGGAUCCUCUGUAUUUGGAGCCAUUCUGGGAAGAUCACGCCGCCGCGGCCGCCGUCGUGAUUUCGAGCUGGCACAGAAUGAGCUACGACUAUCCCGACGGCAGCUACAUCUCGGAACAGCUCGAGAAUCGGAUUCGUCAAUUGCAUACCGUGUCGAAAAAUGCAAUCAUCGACGGGAAACGGAUCGUGUUUGGCCUUGGAUCUACGCAGCUUCUUAAUGCCGCAACCUAUGCACUUGCCGUCAAGUUCAACUCAUCGUCGCCGGCGCCGGCGCCGGCGCCGACCAAAGUGGUGGCCGCCUCCCCUUUCUACCCGUAUUACAGGAGGCAAACGGAGUUCUUCCAGAACGGGAUCUUCGAGUUCGCCGGAGAUGUGUCCAAUGCUUCCGCCGACGGAGAUCGCGUCAUCGAAUUUGUGACCUCGCCGAAUAACCCGGACGGCAGUCUUCGCGGGCCGGUGUUACAAGGGAAAACUAUCCAUGAUUUGGCCUAUUAUUGGCCACACUACACCGCGAUCCCUGGUCCGGUAGAUGAAGAUGUCAUGCUCUUUACGAUGUCUAAGUUCACCGGUCAUGCCGGAAGCCGAUUCGGAUGGGCGUUUGUGAGAGACGAGGAUGUGUACGCAACGAUGACCAACUUCAUUGAAUUAGCCGGGAUGGGAGUUCCGAGGGAGGUUCAAUUGCGGGCACUCAAGGUCAUCGAAACAAUUCUUCAAGGAAACGACGUCGCCGAGCUUUUUGAGCACGCCUACGCAAAGAUGAGCUACCGUUGGCGCAUUGUAAACGAAGUUAUAUCUUUGUCCAAUCGCUUUAGCAUCCAACACCUUCCACCCCUCUAUUGCACCUAUUUCAAUCGAGUUCGGGAUUCAUCUCCAGCUUAUGUGUGGUUGAAAUGCGAGAGGGAAGAGGAGGUAGAUUGCGAAAAAGUCCUUGAAACGGAGAAUAUCAUAGGCCGGGGGGGCGUGGAAUUUAAUGCCGAUAGCCAUUAUGUUCGCCUAAACCUUUUGAUGAGGGAUGACGACUUCAAUAUUAUGAUUUCACGCCUCAACCAACUAGUCUAUGACAAAAAAAAUAGCGCCAAGGCGAAGGCGGCGCUAAAUGAUCGAAUCCCGAUGGUUCCGUUUACUAGGGCCGGCCUUGCGGCUGUCCGUUGAAAUGCUCACCGGUUCCGUACCAUCGGAAGCACGGUUCACCGGCCGGUCUUUUUAGGAAUUCAUCGGAGUUGCUAGCCGGUCGAAACUCGGAUGGGUUCAUCAAGCUUUGUAUUGUAAUGAAAUUAAUAAAUAGCCGGCCUGUUUACUUA